AUGGACCCCUCUUCCAAGCACUAUCCCCUGCAUCGCCGCCUACCGGCCGUCCUCAAGCUACGGCCUGAUCCAAGGCUCAUGUCAUCCUCGCACCGCAGCUGGCUCUCCCCUGAAAUGCUCAUGGAGUUUGAGUCCGAGCUUCGUCGAUCGAUAGCCUCCUCAGCAACCGGCGUGGUGGUCAACUCCGCCAUCGCCUCCGCCUGCCAUCUUUUCGCCUUCUCGGCCGCGAUCAACCUCUGGCAGACCGUCGUAGGCGCCAUCAACCUCCACAAGGUCAGGAAGGAGAUCAAGAAGCGCAUCAAGGCCCUUCCCGAACUGAAAGCCAUCUUCGCCGAGGGAAAGGCCUGGGGCCCGCGCCUUUGGGACAUCACGAUCGGCAUCUUCACCAAGCUCGCCUUCACCACCCUCGCCGCUGGCCUCAGCGGCGACGAGAGCAUCGCCGAUGCCUUCGUCGAGGAAUUCGACCACUCGCACACCAAUACCGAGCUCGCACACGUCACCGAAGCCUUCCAAAACCUCAAAGCCGCGCAUCCCCACAUGGACCACUUCGACCAGUUCUUCCACAGCGCCAACGCCGGGUUCGCGGAGAACACCGCGGACGGCCUGAACUGGCUCAUCUUGCCGCAUACUUCGCCCUCGAUGACUAUGGAGGCGUCACAUCAUGACUUAUCGCAGCUGCACCAUAUUUAUGGCGUGCCGACAACGCGUAUCGCCUUGGAGGCCGGGGCCAUGGCGGCAGCGUACGAAUUCAUGCAACCGGUCGUCAUGGCGAGCGAGCAUGCGGUCGAGAAGGUCGCAAAAGCCUCCUUCAAGCAUCGCUUUCGGAAGUUUUUUAAAGGCCAUUAA